CCUGACCAGGUACUUACCUUACCGUACGACUCUUUUUUCUAAAAUUCCUGCUUCACCUCUUUCCAUUUAGUAUUUACAGACUAUUCUAUUGUUCUGGUUUCUUGUUUUCUCAAUUGCCAGCGUUCUCGUUAUUACUCUAUCUUAUUAUUGUCUUCCUCCUCUCUACUCUAUCAUGGUAAUGGGCUUAUAACCUGACUCAAACGAUCUAACCUGCGUGGUUACUAAAUCGGUCCUUCGUCUUGGUGGCUCCCGAACUACUCGACUCGUUUCCUCAUCCGCCACCUAAUACCUUCUACGACGUCGCAUCUACUCUUAUCGCAUCUAUUUCCUCGUCGCUCAGUGUUCGACUAAAACCUUCGUAGCCUACCGAAUACAAAUACGAGAAUAGGCAGCAUCUAAAGAUGCCACCAGACUCGCCAAGGAUAUCCAAAGAGGGUCAGGUUGACGACAAUGUUGAACGAGCCACGACAGUUUCGACUGCAACCGAACAAAAUGCUUCUCUAAGCCAACGCGCGGCUGCCCCGACAACCCAGGCGCUGGGGGACGCCGGUCCUGCGUUUUUCUCUAACGCGUCUGCAUCGAAUCUCGAGUUGCAAGAAUAUUCAAAUGGCUACCACUUUCCACCGAAAUACCCCAUCAAGGAGCAAAUCCAAACGGGGCUUGUUGCAUUCUGGGACUUCUACAACACUGGAUUCGGCUUCUUUCUCACCAUCUACUCACUCAAUGUCAUAGCCUGGGGUGGCAUGCUUUUCCUCCUGCUGUGUAAUGCGGCACCAGCGAUGUGUUGGGUCAACGGCAGGUUCGAUUGCAACGAUAUCGAUUCCCAACGUCGCAUAUGGAUAGAAACAGACUCGCAAAUACUGAACGGACUAUUCUGUGUUACCGGGUUUGGUUUGGCACCGUGGCGCUUCCGUGACUUGUACUUUUUAUUGCAAUAUCGCCUUCGAAAGGAUCAGAAGGCUCUACGGAGACUCGCAGGAGUGCAUCGGGGCUGGUUUCGGCUUGCGGGUUCUGAGAACCUACCGGUCAACCUUGGGCCAAAGAAUAUCGAAGAAACACCCGUUAAUUUCAACGUUGACAGCGUACCCUUUCCCCUGACCAAAAUGCCGGAUGCACCACCAACCGGGAUUCGGGCACCUCCUACCAAAUUGUGGAAGCUGGAUUUUGUCAUCUACUUCAAUGUUGCCAACACGUUCCUACAGGUUGUGUUAUCAUCAUUCAUGUGGGCAUUGAACCGGUACGAUCGACCAAGCUGGUCAACUGGUCUCUUUGUUUGCCUGGCAUGUAUAGCUGGCGCUACUGCUGGCAUUAUGUCGGGCAUAGAAGGCAAGCAUGUCAAAGCUACGGAAGGUGUUCCGGUGACCAAAAGGGACAUUGAACGUCUAGCGCGCGAUAAAGAGUUGGGCAUUCCCCAUUUCAAUAACAUCGGCGACAAAGACCCCGAGAUAGAAAAGGAAAAGGCAAGGAAAAAGAAGCAAAAGAAAUCGAUUGGAAAGUCGGAGAGGUCCAGUGUGGCAACCGAUAAUGAAAGGCAGGCAUUUUGUGUUUAAUCACGGCGUUUUUGAGGUUUUAUAGAGCGUGUAGCACUGUUUUCUAGUAUAUACCUAACUACCUGUCUAGGUUAGGUGUCUACGUAUGUAAUUUGCAGUACAUUUAUGAAAUUACUGUUUUCCAAGGAGGAGAAAAGGGAUAACUAUAUCCAAGGAGUACCCAGUUACUAUUUAAUCAUGACGGUCAUGUUCUAAGGUGCAUGCGCAGGUACAUAAUGAAAGACUGCUCACGCGAUGCGCAUUUCAUUCAUUAAACGAGAUUCGAUGUUAGUCACAUGUACCUAUCAGGUCCUAUACCUAUCUAGUGCAUAUUAGGUAACAGGUAUGCUCAUAGUAGGUAGUUAUGUGGUCUUGUGGCUGAAAAACGACGUUAUCAUCAGUUCAGCCACGCGGCCAAUGCUUUCUGAUCUGCUUUCUGAUCUGACACACUACAUGUAUG